AUGUCUAGAUAUAUUUACGAAAAUGGAAUAAGAAUAGUAAAACCAUAUUAUUUAACAUAUAAAACAAACGUGAAAUUAAGAUGGAUAGGAAAAACAUUAAUAGAUAUAUUAACAAUUGAAUUUAACGAAUCUAAAAAGGCAAUCAUCAACGACAUUACAACUGAAAAGCUAUACAUCGAAAACAAGAAACUGAUUACAAAAGGUGAAUUAUUGAUUAAUUGUAAAAUUGAGAGUCAUGAUGUGAUAAAUCAUUUGAAUCAUAAACAUGAAGCACCUAUACCUGAUAAAGAAAUAGAAAUUGUAUAUCAAGAUGAUGAUUUGAUUGUUGUUAAUAAACCAAGUGGAAUACCUACUCAUCCCACUGGAAACUACAAAUAUAAUACCGUUUCAGAAAUGGUAAAGGAGAAAAUAGGAUUAGAUAACAUAUGGGUUGUUCAUCGAUUGGAUAAAGUCACAUCUGGGGUGUUGAUACUAGCAAAGAAUAAAACUGCAGGGUCGAAAUUUCUGAAAAUCUUGAAGGAACAACGAGAUGAGUGUAAAAAGGUGUAUCUAGCCAGAGUGAAAGGUAGAUUUCUAGAUGAUGAGAUUAUUUUCCAAGCUCCUGUUAUACUUGUUAAUAUGAAUGGAUACAUACCCGGUGAUGAAAUUCAAACAAAUUCAAAAACGAUAUUUAAAAAGGUGAAAUAUGAUGAGGUGGAAGAUGAGAGUAUUGUUGAAUGUACUCCUAUAACUGGUAAGAAUCAUCAGAUUAGAAUGCAUUUGAAAGUGUUAGGAUAUCCUAUUACUAAUGACUUCUUUUAUAAUCCAACUGAUAAAAACACGGUUGAGAAAUGCAAGAUAGAGGAGAAGCUAUAUAAGAACUAUUUUGGGAAGUAUGGAAAUGAACUACCAGAUGUGAUUUCAGUAAGUGAUAUUAAGGAUGAUACCAUCGAGCAUGAUCUUCUGAAGUUGAAGGAGAGUAAAGCUAAUUCAAUUGUUAACAAACGUACCGAGUUUUGCUAUGAGUGUCAAAGAAAUAUAUUUCCAAACGUACUUGAAGACUAUCAAAUUUAUUUACAUGCAUUAGAAUUUCAUUAUAAAGAUUAUCAUUUCAAAACGGAUUUACCCGAUUGGUACAACUAA